UCUAAAGUAAGUUUAAUAAAGGGGGCUUUUCCAGUCAUAGACACAGAUGCUUCCUGUGAGGACCGACUUCGAUGAGGAACUCUGUUAAAACGAGCAGCCUCACAGAACCCUGGGAGAGAAAGUUGCAGGUCAGACGAGCAGGCAAGAUGAGAGCUCGAGGAGCUAACGGAACGACCGCGCAAACGCAAAAUGCCAAUCAACAGCUGGACUACAACCAAAGCCACAUCCAACAGUUCCUCAUUGCUGGGGGAGAGCUGGGGCUCAAACACUUCUACACAGAGCUCUCUGUUCUCCUCCUGGUGGUCUACCUUCUAGUGCUCAUUGGUAACUUUAUGGUUUUCUUUGCGGUGGUGCUGGAGACCAAACUACACACACCCAUGUACAUUUUCCUCAGCAGUCUCUCUCUAACAGAUAUCAUCAUCACAACCAGCGUUCUCCCCAAGAUGAUAUCGGUGUGCCUACUGAAUGAUAUUGCCAUUUCUUUCUCCGGCUGCUUCUUGCAGCAGAUCACCUAUUUGACAUUUCAGGUUACUGAGAGCAUUUUGCUUCUUUUAAUGUGCUAUGACCGCUAUGUGGCAAUUUGCAAUCCUCUACGCUACAAUGAUAUCAUCAAUCCCCGGAUGUGUGUUCUACUCUCAGUCUUUGCUUGCAUUGUUGGAUUUUUAGUGAUGCUUCCACUUACAACGUAUGCAUCAAGGUUACCUUAUUGUGGGAACCACCUCAUGUUCUGGUUUUGUGAUUUCCCUACAGUUAUCGCACUGUCCUGUUUGGACACAACAAUCAUGCUGUUCACAGCUCUAUCGAUUGCUUUACUACUAACUGUGAGUAUUGCAAUUGUCAUUACUUGGACAUACAGUAAAAUAAUUUUCGCAGUUUUAAAAAUUACUUCUGUAGAGGGGCGUAAAAAGGCCUUCUCCACCUGCUCCUCACAUCUCAGUAUUGUAAUCCUGUUCUACUUCGCACAUAUUUGUGUCUAUAUAAGUUCCAUGGCAAAAAAUGUUCAUCCAAAUGUUGUCAUCUUGACCUCCAUCAUGAACUGUUUACUGACUCCAUUUGCGAACCCCAUCAUUUACAGCUUGAGAAAUAAAGAGUUAAAGACCGCUAUUCUAAAACACUUCCACAUCAAUGAGGUUUUCAUAAGUUUCUCUCGUUUACGUCCCCAGUAAAUGUUUUUGUCAGUCUUAUCUAGCUCAAGUUAUGCUCUGACACAUACAAUAUGGGCCCUUUGUGUUGAGUAUCUGACUCUUUUUUUUUGUGAAUAUCCAACAUUUUUGCUCUUUGGUGACCUUAAUAAUAUAAAUCUUUACACACUCAUUGCAAAUGCCAUGUUAAUUUUUAUCACCAUUUAGCAGUGUUCUCAGCUACACACAUAGCAUUAUUAUUAUUAUUAUUAUUAUUAUUAUCAUCAUUAUUAGUUGUUAUUGUUGUUGUUGUUGUUGUUGUUGUUGUUUUUGCUCCUGCUGUUGUUCCUGCAGGUAUAGUGAAAAACACAAAAAUUGAGAGCUCACCAAUGUUAGAUAACCAACUUUGAUCCUGACCCUUAUACACAAUGUAAGUCGUGCUCACAGGGAGCUUUGUACCUAAUACUGAAAUGCUGUUAAUGGUGAUGCAUCAGUGACAUGAUGAAAGAACACACCAAGCCAAGCCAAAACUAAAAGUCAUGCCUGGGACUAAAUUUUAUUUCUUGAGGCAGCGAUUGGGAUGGUGGUGUUUACGUAUUUAUUCAUUUAUUUUUAUUGCAUUGAAGGAAAACGUCUGUUUUUUCAGUCCGAUAUUUGGGUGGGUACUGCAUUUUUUGCAAUUAAAGUUUGAUUUCCCAUAAACCAUACAUAGCAUGCAAUUCUUUGGCACGCUGCAUCUCCCACUACUGGUACCACAUCACUUGUUCUCUGGCUUAACACUGGAUUUUGGUUAUUCAAAGUACUGAAACUGAUGGUUAGAAAUGGGACAUUCAAAAAUGUUGAAGAAAAAGGUUUGAAUAAGGGUAAAUGUAUCAGAACAAAAGGAGUUCAGCUCCAAAUAUGCUUCUUUCUACAUGCUUUAUAUGAUUAUGUUUGGAUGUGCCAGGGAAGGGACUUUGCUUA